UCUUUAUAUAUAGUCGAUCAUCUCCAUGACGCAAAAUUCGCGCGAAACUUGAUCGAGGAAGCUAAAGAGAAGCCAGCGUCGUUAAAGAUGAGCAAAAAGGAUAACGGUGCGACACUCAUCCUUGCCUACCUGAAUGAGAAGAACCGGCCCUACAGCGCGCAGGAUGUCUUCUGUAACUUGCAGAAGCAGCAUGGUUUGGGGAAAACGGCUGUGGUCAAGGCCAUGGAGCUCCUGGCUCUGGAGGGGAAGAUCAAGGAGAAAACCUACGGGAAGCAAAAGAUCUACUUCGCAGAUCAGUCUCAGUUCAAAGACGUGAACGAUGCAGACCUGAAGGCAAUGGAUCAUGAGAUCUCGGCUCUCUGUGCAGAGGUUCAGUCCGUCACACAAAGCUGCAGGGAGUUAGACGCAGAGCUGAAGGAGCUGAACAGUUCCCUCACAACAGAAGAAAUGGUCGCCGAGAUCCAGCAGCUGAAAACCGAAUGCUCUGGGUACAGAGAGCGUUUGGAGAAGAUCAAGUCGGCAUCAAAUCACGUCACACCCGAGGAGAAGGAGAAGGUUUACAAGGAGAGGGAUGUUUACGUUAAAGAGUGGAGGAAGAGGAAGAGACUGGCUUCAGACAUGAUGGAUGCAAUCCUGGAGGGAUAUCCAAAGAGCAAAAAGGAAUUCCUGGAUGAAGUUGGAGUGGAGACUGAUGAAGACUGUAAGGUGGUUUUUCCAAAUACCUGAGCAAAAGGAUGGAUUGUGAAGCUACUAAACUAGGAAAACAAAUCUGAUGUUUAAUUUAUAAAUGUGGUUUUUGAAUAAAUAGUACAUGUUUACUCAACAUUAGAAUAAAAACAAGCCAAUGUUAUGGCAUUUUUUAGUUGAAAAUGAAAAUAAAAACAACUAUUUGUAGCA